AUUCCUCCGCAGGGCAGAUGUUGUGUGGUGGUACCGCAUUUGGUGCGCCAGUAUCUGUCCGCAUAUUGCUAUAAUCCCCUAUCAUCAUCAUCAUCAUCAUCAUCAUCAUCAUCAUCAUCAUCAUCAUCAUCAUCAUCAUCAUCAUCAUCGCCAUUAUUACGAUUAAUUCCACACCCUUUACAAUAGUUUCACUCCUUUUCACAAUGGGCUGAAGUUAUGUGUUAUCCUGCUUCUCAAUGUCAGAGUCGGGGCACAGCCAACCCGGGCUGUAUGAGCGUCGCCGCCGCUGGAACCGUGAUAAGGAAUUGGGUCACCAGAGCCUGUCUGGGCCAGGCCGGGACCGCGACUAUGUCCCCUGGGACCGUGAUCGAGAUCGGCGGGACCCCAUGGACGAGCCAGUGGGAUCCAUGAUGCAGAAGACCCCGAUCAUCCUGGCCAAGCCACCUGCAGAAAGGUCCAAGGGAGCCCCGCCCGCAGCUCCCGCUCCAGCACCUGCUGCUGCCCCACCUAUCGAGAAGCCCAUUGUGCUGAUGAAGUCCCGGGAAGAAGGCAAAGGUCCCGUGGGGGCAAUAGAGACAUCCACCCAGCCCCCUGCAGCUGUUGCCAAGGUGGAGAAAGAGGGCCAGCGCCCCACGCAGCCGGUCUAUCAGAUCCAGAACAGGGGGAUGGGCUCAACCGCAUCCAGCGGCGUCAUGGACCCUGUGGUCGGUCAGGCCAAGCUGCUAGCCCCAGAGAGGAUGAAACAUAGCAUCAAGCUCGUGGAUGACCAAAUGAACUGGUGCGACAGUGCCAUUGACUUCCUCCUGGACCAAACUGAUGUACUGGUAGUUGGAGUGCUGGGAUUGCAGGGUACUGGCAAGUCCAUGGUGAUGUCACUUUUGUCAGCCAAUCAACCUGAAGAGGACCAGAGAACCUACGUGUUCCGCACUCAGAGCCAAGAGAUCAAGGAGCGUGGGGGCAACCAGACUAGCGGCAUUGACUUCUUCAUCACUCAGGAGCGAAUCAUCUUCUUGGACACUCAGCCAAUCCUCAGCCCCUCCAUCCUGGACCACCUCAUUAACAACGAUCGCAAGCUGCCUCCUGAGUAUAACCUACCGCACACCUAUGUUGAGAUGCAGUCCCUCCAGAUCGCCGCUUUCCUGUUCACCGUCUGCCACGUGGUCAUCGUAGUGCAGGACUGGUUCACGGAUCUGAGCCUGUACAGGUUCUUGCAGACGGCUGAGAUGGUGAAACCUUCCACUCCGUCCCCCAGCCAUGAAUCCAGCAACUCCUCCGGCACAGACGAGGGCACAGAGUACUACCCACACAUUGUCUUUCUCCAGAACAAAGCCAAGAGGGAGAACUUCUGUCCCCGGAACCUGAAGCAGAUGCACCUUGUGGUCGAUAAGAUCAUGAUGCACUCCCAUCUGAAAUACAAGGGCACCCUCUCUAUGCUGGACUGCAACAUAUUUCCUGGCCUGCCCCCGAGUUAUCUGGACACAGAGGUCAACCUGUUCUUGCUGCCUUUCAUGGACACAGAUGCAGACGAUGCUUUGCCCAGAGCAGCCCCUGGAAGCGGCCCACUCUUCUCUCUCUUGCCCGGCUACAAAGGGCACCCCAGCUUCCCGUCUCUGAUUGCCAAGCUCCGCAGCCAGAUCAUGUCCAUGUCCCGGCCGCAGCUCUCCCACACCAUCCUGACGGAAAAGAACUGGUUCCACUAUGCGGCACGCAUCUGGGAUGGUGUGAAGAAGUCCUCUGCCCUUGCAGAGUACAGCCGCCUGCUGGCCUGAAUGUUGAAGCCGAGGGGUGGCCAGACUCCUCCCAUCUCAAGGGGAGGAAGCCAGAGUCCCUGUGCCCACUGUCCAAGGGCACAGAGCGGUGUGUGGAUCCCAGCAGGGAGCUGGAGAGGCGGGGGCAUUGUGUCUACUAUGGUGCCACACAAGAUCAAGGAGCAGACAGCCAUCAGCGGUAGAAGGACGGGUGUCGUUUGCCUACUGAGCAGUGAUCUGCCUAACACCCAGCAUGGAUCUUGUCUCCAGUAACCCAUUUUGGGGCUCUGAUUUCCAUCUGCACACUUAGGAGGAAGAGCUUUUCUCUUGGGCUGCUCGUUCUUCCAGAAGCGGAGAAGUCCCAGACCAGCUGCCCCCCACCCCCCCUUGCACGACCAGAGAGGUUCUUCUGCAUUAGUGAGGGUCAAGGUCAGCCGGCAGUUAACUCUGUGGCUUUGAGGAUGCUGUUCUCAGAUUCUUCUUCCCCUAAACCCAUUCCUGUCUGUCUGUACUUUUCUUGCCUCUUUCCAUCUUCAGGGAAGAGUACUUAGCCCCACCCACCCCCAGCUAUCCCAGAAUUCCUCAUUCUUCUGCUGCAGAGUGAAUCAAUCACUCCCUCUUGUGUAAAUGUUCUGUUGUUUAAUAAAGCAUUUGGCGUUG